GUGGUGAUUGGUUGCUUCAGUAUAAUGUGAGGUGUGGAAGAGAACUAUAAAUGAUACUGACCAGGAGUCCCUCCAUCACGACUAAGCAGGAGCUUCUUCAGAAAGAUUCAGAGAACUCCUACAGGUUUAGUCCGACGUCAGAAUGAUGACCCCUGCUUUCCUCUCUGUGGCUCUGCUGCUGCUGGUGCUGCUUCCUGGGGCCCCAGCUAGAAAGGACUCACCUGAAAGUGAUUCAGCUGAAAGCAAUUCAGAUGGAAUUGUUUCAGCUGAAAUCAAUUCAGAUGGAAUUGUUUCAGCUGAAAGCAACUCAGAUGAAAGUGUUUCAGCUGAAAUCAAUUCAGAUGGAAUUGUUUCAGCUGAAAGCAAUUCAGAUGAAAGUGUUUCAGCUGAAAGCAAUUCAGAUGAAAGUAUUUCAGCUGAAAGCAAUUCAACUGAAAGUAUUUCAGCUGAAGUUGCACCAACUCCAAAUUGUGUAACUCCCUUCAGGAUCCUGGUGUCAAACUCUGUAACCAACGCUCCCAACAAGACCUACAGCACGUGUGUGGUUUACAGAGGAAUCUUACUGGGAGGAAUGAGGAGACUGCAGGAAACAAACAAAGGGUUUAGGUUCACCUACACCGAGGAUCCCAACUACGGCCCAUAUCUGCAGAGUGUGAAUGGUUUGAAAGGCAGUACAAAGGAACGCACUUACUGGGAGCUGCUGGUCAAAAAAGCCAACGAAACCAUCAGACUUAAUGUUGGUAUUGGAGCUUUCAUUCCGAGUGAAAAUGACCAAAUCAUCCUGAAUUUUAAGGAGUACUAAAGGAUCCGACGCCACUGGAAAUCAUCAUAAGAUCAAAGCCAGAUUCAACUGUAUUAUUAUGUAUUUCAUACAUUCAGAUAUAAAUAACAGCUUGAUACAUAACCCCUAAUGUAAACAAAAGAGGGGUUCGCAUUACGAUGUCUUGACUUUUUGAUGGUCUCAUGGGAAUCCACCUUCACUUUAAAUGUUCUGCUUGUAAUCAAAUAUUUCUUCUUUCCUAUUACUCAGGCAGUGGGAUUACAUAACACUAUACUCACUUGAACAUGCUUUGUGUGAAUCUUUCUGUACCAGGAAACAAACAAUAAAAUAUCCCUUACAGCAUUCAAA